AUGGACUCCCGCCGACGUCAGCUCCAUAGCUGUGAUCCCUGUCGUAAGGGCAAAAGAGGCUGCGACGCACCUAAAGAACGACAGAAGAAUACGUUCAGUUCUUGCUCAAACUGCACACGCUGGAAAAAGGAGUGCACAUUCAAUUGGGUCUCUUCAAAACACCUGGACUCGAGAGGAAGUCGAAAGCGAAUAAAGCCAAACCCAAGCACAGCUAUAGGCUCUAACGAGGAAGCUCAUGAUGAGAUACUACGCUCUGCCCAAACGCAACCUGCGAAUGUCGAGGAAUUGCCCGAAUCGCUUGGCUCCUUUGAAUCUCCCUAUUACACCGCUUCCUUAUCCUCUUUGAACACGGAAAAUCACUUCCUCGAGUCAUCCCAGGUAAACAAUUUAAAUGAUGGCCAGCUUCAAUUAUUUCCUUGGGAAGGAAGCAUCCCAUAUAAUUUGCAAAUCAACAACUCCAAUCCAUACGCAUCUCCGGAGUCUUCGGUGGAAUCUGACACCCAGACUGAACCUUUUGACGUGACACCACAAGCUGUCCGUGGCACGUACAGCUUAUUACCACAACAGCAGUACCCAUCCAGCUCUCAUCUCAAAUCAACGGUUCCGGUGUGGAAACAGAGUCAACACAAACGACCAUCAGAAUGUGCAUCUGACCGAAGCGCAAAUCGAGAACAACAAUUGAAUUUUUGCAUUGCUUCCGAAAACACUGCUAAACAAAACGCUCGUGCGACUAUGUCACGCAACCUGAUCCGCAUAUACCACGAUAGUAUGGAAAAUGCUCUGUCAUGCUGGUUGACCGAGCACAAUUGUCCUUACAGUGACUCAAUCACUCAAAUGCUUCCUCAUCGAGAGAUGCAAGCGUGGGGUCCGAGUUGGUCAAACAGAAUGUGUAUUCGUGUCUGUCGAUUGGAUCGCGUAUCAUCUUCAAUACGUGGCAGGGCUUUAAGUGUGGAGGAAGAUCUGAAGGCGGCUCGGGCGCUUCAUCUAGCGAUCAUGGCGUUCGCAUCGCAGUGGACUCAACAUGCACAAAAGGGUACCAGUGCAUCAGUUCCAUCGGGAAUCGACCAUGAUGAAAGGUCUAUCCGAGAGAAAGUUUGGAACGAAGCAAGACACGCUUUGGAGCAUUCGAGCAACAUUCCGUCUUUCCGCAUCGCUUUUGCAAACAUUAUCUUCUCUUUGACACAAAGUCUUCUGGACAGAGGACAGGAUGCAAGCUUGGGUGAGCUUUUGGAAAACGAUCGUGCGCCAAUAUAUCUUGAAACUGCCAGCCGCCAAAUUUUCACUUUUCGGCACAAGUUUACAAGACUGCAACGAGAGGCCGUCCCCAAAGUGAGAGAGCUUGAGAGAGGAUCGAUAGAUCAGACAACGGAGAAUGUUCCGGGGAUGCACCAGCCUUUAGAGCCUAAACAACUCGAUCCACUCCUGGAUAACCAAGAACACCGCACCACCAUAGAUCUCAUGUUUUGGCUGGGCGUUAUGUUUGAUACUUUGAGUGCUGCAAUGUACCAGCGUCCUUUAGUUGUGUCAGAUGAGGAUAGUCAAAUUUCAUCGGCCUCGCGGCCAAAGACUGCGCCUGGAGACCAGAUAGGUUUUGAUCAGUGGAAUAUUUCAUCUGCCCCUAUACGUGGGAAGCAAGAUGUGUGGGGAGACUUAUUCCUUCGUUCCUCAAUGAAACGUCAGGGAUCGGGCCAACUCCAGCCGAGGUGGCCAUGCUCGUACGAAGAGGCUGCAUCCGUACUCUCGGAGGCAACUCCUGUCAAAGUGCUCCUCUAUCGCCGGGUGACUCAGCUUCAAACUCUGGUUUACCGCGGUGCAAGCCCCGGAGAAAUCGAAAAUGGUAUUCAGAGAGCCCUCCUAGUCUGCCAACACUGGGAUUCCACGUACCAGAGUUUCAUGCUCGAUUGCGUCAAUCAUCAUGAACUGCUUCCCUCUCGCAUACAAUCGUGGUAUGUAAUCCUCGACGGUCACUGGCACCUCGCUGCGAUGCUUUUGGCAGACGUCCUUGAGAGCAUUGACAAAAGCCGGCUUGGCUCCGAUGCUGCACGCGAGGCUCGACAAGCUACACAAUUGGUCGCCACGGUUCGAACAAAUAAUGCAUUAGCGGUUGCUGGGCUUGCCCGAGCUUCGAUUCAAGGACAGGAGUCGUUCAUGGAGCGCCAGUUUCAUGAUUCACUUAGUGAAGUCGCCUUCCUAGUUGAACCUUGGACGGCUGUACUGGUGCAUUGUUUCGCUAAAGCGGGAUACAUCCUGCUUGAAAUGAGUGUUUGCGGCAAAAUUGUGAUUUUUUAA